UUUGUGUGGAACUUUAUAGGUAAUAGAGGACCAGGAAGAACUCCAUUAGAUUGGACCACAAGGUUAAGAAUUGCAGGUGGAGCAGCUCGAGGAUUAGACUUCAUUCACAACUCGAGCAAGUCAUCUCCUGGACUUGUGCAUGGUAACAUCAAAUCGACAAACAUCCUCAUCGACAAGGCUGGAAAUGCGAGAGUAUCUGAUUAUGGCCUCUCAGUUUUUAUGUCACCUUCCUCGGUGCCAAAAUUGAACGGCUACAAUGCCCCUGAAGCAGUAGUAGAUGGUCGAAAACUAACCCAAAGAUCGGACAUCUACUCAUUUGGGGUUCUAUUGCUCGAGUUGCUGACGGGAAAAAGUCCUUCGGUUGUGGACAAUGGGGGACCUGGAUCAGGGUACGGUGGGGUUCUCGACUUGCCUAAGUGGGUUCAGUCUGUGGUGAGAGAGGAGUGGACAGCCGAGGUGUUCGAUUUGGAACUUAUGAGGUACAAGGAUAUCGAGGAAGAAAUGGUGGGGUUGUUGCAGGUAGCACUGGCUUGUACUCAGGCUUCACCGGACCAUAGGCCAAAGAUGAACUAUAUAGUGAAAAUGAUAGACGAGCUACGAGGGACGGAGACUCUGACCUCCAUUUCCGACUCUCCUGUAUGUGAAGACACACGGAGAGCAAGUGAAUGAUCAUCUAGUGUGGUAAAAAAAGACUGAUCUGGGCUGCCAAGGCAGGCCAUCUUGUAAAUUAAAGUGUUUCUUGACAAGUUUUGAUACAGAAAUCCAGAAUUCAGUUUGGGUUUGUUGCA